ACUUCCUGAAUAGCAUGUGUGUGCACUGGGAAAGAUGUAGCUAGAGACCUGGAAAAAGAAUGUGGCAAGGACUGAGGCAUAGAUGGGAAGAUGCCCACUUUUCCUGAGGAGUUACAUUUUUGUCAGACUGCUGCUGCAUCUGCUGUAUCACUCACUCUCGUUACUGCCAACUGUUGCUAGGAUGAGUGAGAAGGACUGGCCCUGGGACUGGAAACAUGACUACUUUUUACCAGUGCAUCAGAGGGAACUCCAGUAACUGUAACAUGAGUUCCACAAGGAUAAUGGACUCCAAACUGCGAGAGGCUGAAGGAUUUGGUGAAGACAAUUCAGGAAAGAAAAAGUCAAAGUUCAAAUCUUUCAAAAAGUUCUUUGGUAAAAGGAAAAGGAAAGAGACCUUACCAUCUAUGGGGACCAGCCAUUUGAAACCAUGCCAGUCAACCAGUGAUGUCAUGGCCUCAGAGUCUGCACACACAGGCUAUGAUUCUGAAGAUGAACUUGAGAACCACAAAGGUGUCAUGGGAAGCAGAGCUUUGUCACAUGACAGCAUUUUCAUUCCUGAGGCUGCGCAAGAACCAUGUAGGCCAGUACGAGUGUUUUCUCAGGAAAACAUUUCAGAUCGGAUUAGAACUUUACAGUUGAAACUCCAGCAUAAUUUGAAACUGGGUCCUCCUCCUCCAUUGGGAAUUCUUGUGAAGCGGGUGGAUGAUGCUGGAGCCAGUUCAGAAGAUGAUGGAUUACCUAGAAGUCCUCCAGAAAUGUCUUUGAUACAUGAAAUACUUGGUUCCAACACAACAACAAGGUUCUCUGACUCUCACAACCAUCUUAGCUCUUUGAGUUUAGCUGGACCAGGCAGUGAAGAAGAAGAACAGGUCACAUCAGGUCCUUCUUCUAGACCUCGAUCAACAGAAGGUCAACUAUUCCCUAAGCAUGAGAGUGCUAAAACUAGAUCUCCCAGAACAUCUGACAGCAGCAUUUCGCCUGCAGCUGAUUUUGACACUCCGCCCAAGUACUUCACUUGCUUGGAUAAUUCAGCUGCUAAACACAAGCUUUUAAUAAAACCACGGAACCAGAGAUCUAGUAGAAUGGGAAGAUUUUCUUCGACCCAGUCUGAAUCUCUGAAUGACUUGAGCUGUACUCCAGAAGAGGAGGAGCAUGAUGGAAGAGAGAUAUUGAUAGACUUGACAGAUGAAAUCCUCAAUACCAGUCAUCAGGAUCUGUCAGGCAGCACAGCUGUAACAUGUGACAUGCCUUCUUUGCAAAGAGCUGAAAUACCUGCAGACUUUUCCUAUUGCUUAAGACAGACAGAUGAAAGGACUUCCUCACUGCAAUUCACUUCUGAGUCUGCCAUCAGAGAAAAAGCCUUAUUACCUGAGAAUAAUCCUGAGAUUUGCCAAACUACACAGGAAUUAACAUACCUUGCAUCAGAUUAUCCAUCUGCUUUAGAACCUAAAGAAAAUUCAAUUACAUGGAGUGGGAUACAGAAUAGAGAAACGCAAAGGGAAAGAAAAUGCUCAGAAACACUGAAUAUUUCCAUGGGGAAUGUCUAUGAAGUGUCAAAUGAUAUUUUGAAUCAAGAAAAUAAACAGCUUCCAAAUGUGCCUCUAAUUAAUAAGAUGCUGUCUGAAGGGGAUGCUCCAACCCAUCAGGAUAUUUCUUCUUGUUUGGAAGGGUCAAAAGACAAAGGGCAGAAGGCUAAGAUAUCCAUGGAAACAUUCUGUAAUAUGGAGGAAAAGAGAGAAUCUGCUGUAUUCCCUGGGUCCUGCAAGCAGCUACUUGAAGGUCUUUCUCAGCAUGUCUCACAGCCUGCUUUAUCACAGGCAGGGGCUUGUGCUACCUGGUCUCUGGAAAAGAAGUUCAUUCAAGAGCCAGUCAUAUCUAAUGAAGAAAAUAGUCAGUCACUAAUACAAAGGGAGACAAUUUUGGAGAGAAAGAGGGAGAAAGCAGCCACCGGACCCAGUGCUUUGAGAAAAUUUUCAGUGUCAUCAGCAUGGGAAAGGCCAAGGACUAGCAGCUUUCACUUGAAAGAGGGUUCAGAGUAUGGAAGUUUAUUGAACUCCAGAUUAUCUCUGCCCAAACCAAACCUCUUACAAAAUGAGAAGUCAAAAGAGGAAGUGCAGAUGGGAUCAGAUCUGCAGGAGGGAAAAAGUAGAAAUAAAAUGUGGGCAUUGUUGCCAGAGUCUGACUGUGAGAUCACUGGCCAUGCUAUGGAUAAAAUGGUGUCUGGCUGUAUUUCUCAGGUGGCUGAUGAGAUUUCCAUGCCAGGUGAUUUUUCUGUGGUAUCCCAGCAUCAGUCAAGCUGUGAAGAUAAGAAUCCUUUUCAAGUAAAACUUAGGUCCACCUCACUAUCCUUGAAAUAUGGAGACAGCUCUUCUUCAGAAGCAAAAGGGAUUAAAAGAUACAGUGCAGAGUUUAAUGUGGACAAAGAAGGGUUGGCUUCAUUUUUAAAAGGUGAAAAGGCACAGAUAAAAGCGACAGCUGAUGUAAAUAUCAGUGUCUCUUUAAAUGCCAAUCAAAUGCCUAAAGCAAAAUCUCCUGAACAGCUUAACACAAAACCUCCAUUGCCUAAGAAGCCUGUUUUGCAAAAUAUAACAAAUUCAAACAAGGAAAAACAGGAAAAUGGCAUUAAAUCUUGUGAAUCCAGAAAUGACGAUAGAGACUUGGAGAAAAAAUUGAGUCCUCCUCAAGUGCCUGAGAAAAGUGAGCCUUCUUUAGUGAUGACAGCAGACUCUGGAAGAAGAAUAGACAGUGAGUCAAAGCCAGCCUGGAUUACAAUAGCAAGACAGAAGCAGAGGGGUAUGCAGCAGGAACAAGAGCUUAAUACAGAAGAGAAACUUGUGGUUCAAGAUAUGAAAUCAGAAACAGAAAAAGCAAACCAGGAAAAGGAAAGAACAGAGGGGUCAGCGAAGCAACAAACAGAUUCCAUCAGGAACAAAUUUUCAGAUUCAGUCACUCCUGAAGAACAGAGGAAAGAAACAAAGUCUGAUGUGAAAGAACCACUGCCAAGAGCCAGCUUGCUGUCGCAUCAUGUCUCUGAAGAAAUAAGCCAGUGUAAGAAGGCCAGUCAUUCUGCUCCAGAUCAGCCAUCCUGGAUGGAACUUGCCAAAAAGAAAUCUCAAGCUUGGAAUGAUAUGCCACGGAUUAUAAAAUAAGAUUUUGCACCUUGAACCAAUAGCAUCUGCUUCUUUGGAUAAUGUUGUAGUCAUCUUUUUUAAUGGCUUUAGACCAGGUAUUUGCAAUGAAAAUCUGUGGAACUUGAGAAGGGCUUUAUUAUAAAGCUGUGGAGAAAGAGUGCAAUAAGUGCAAUCAAAAAGCUUACCUUAAACCUCUUGUAGCAAUCAGGAUGGUACUAGAAAUGGUUUAAGCCACUUUAAGGGCAUUGUUUUUCAAAUUUUUCUGCAAGAUAUAACUUUCUGCCUUACAUGGUACGUGUAUUUUCCCCUCUCUAAUGAUAUUUGCAUAAAACCAAGGUCUUUGUUAAGCCACGUGGAACUUCUGGAUGCAAACGUGUUUGUUACACUUCCUUAAUUUUAUGUUUGUCAGUUGUCCACUAACAUUUUGAUUUUCUGAAUUUGUCUGGUAUAUCUUUUAACUCAGGUGUUUGGGCCAAGGGGGUACUCAUGAAUUUUAUUUUAGUGAAUAAGCUAUCAAACAUUCACUAUGCAGAAUUUGCUCUUUGGGCUACAUGAUUGGUUAGCCAAGGUGCUUAGUAUGGUUUAUAAUAUGGUAAUUUGUGCAUGAGUAAACUUGUUUGAGGAAUUUUCACUCAUUUUCAUGCACAGAUAUUUGUGUGAACAAAACUCACUGCAGAAAUGGUCACAGAAAAGUGAGUAAUCGGGAAACAAAUUCAGAUUUGAAUCAGAAUUGGGAUUCCAAAAAUAUAUUUAUGAAUAUUUUUUUCCUAGAAUUCACCCAGCUGCUGCUAUUCUUUCUUUAUGAGAAAAAUGGCUUGUGGUAUGAUAAUUACUGCUUAUGGUUAUGUUUAUGAUACCAAGGAUAAAGAUUAUGAAUGUAGUUAAAGAAUAUUAAGCACAACCACAUGGUUGGAGCUUCACCUCAGUGGUUAAAAAAGCAGGAACUGG